AUGGGCUGUGUUCUAAUCAAGCUCUUCUCCUUCCGCCAGCCGAAGGACAUACAGCGUCGAAAUGCCGCAAUCAUUUCAAUCGGACUCACCUCCUUCAUUAUAUACCAUUGCGUGACAGAUGAAUUCACGCUCCACAUCAUUAUCUUCUUGAGUCUGACAUUUACCGUCAUAUGGAAGACCCGCAAGAUCAUCCGCGAGACCGUGCAGGAUUCUGCCCAGCGGAAGAAGAUGGCAACGUUGGCGACGUUUGGAACUUCAACUGCCUUCUUUGCGUACUUUCUAUGGAACAUCGAUGUGCAUUGCUGCUCAACGGUCACUCGCCUCCAGCAUCGACUCGGCUACCCGCUCGGCGUCCUUCUCGAACUACAUGGCUGGUGGCAUAUACUGACAGCUCUUUCUUCCUACACGAUGAUCGCCAUGAUCGAGUUCUUAACGUGCGAGGGGCUCGACGACAGCCAUGGAGUUGGUUUCCUGUGGCCCGCGCGAGCAGUGCUGGAGGAUGCUGCUCAAGCACAAUUCAUGAAUGGAAAUGGACACACGAAAGGAAGUUGA